UUUGUCGGAAGAGCGGUCACUAUCUCUUACUUGCUUUUGGCGUUUGGCACGAAAAUUCAAAAAAUGGCAAAUAAAAAGAAAUAAAGUUUUCUAGUCCAUUAUAAUCAGUCAAUAACUACUACGAUGUGGUAGAAAACAUGUUUUUACUAUAGGAUAGGUUUCUAGGUUUGCUGAAAUCAGAAAACCUACAAUGUCAAGUAAUCUGGGUAAAUCCUCAUCAUAUAUUGUAGAUAAACGGAAACAAUAUUGUGAAGAAAAUAGGAAUGAUGUUGAUGAGGAUGGUUUUCAGACCUCCGAUUUGGAUGCUACAUACACUGUCAGCUAUAGAAAACGCGGCCGUUGUCAAAAUCAAGAUGUAGUAAUAGAGUCAAACGAAAUACCUAAAGAAAUAACGCAAUCAGCGUGUAAUUUACAACUGGAUUCCCUAAGAAGACUUAAAGACAGUACAAGAAAACUACUGUAUCUUAUCGAAGAAAUUCAAUCAAAAACUCAUUCAUCACAAUCAAAAAAUGUAUUAGUAUCCGGAACGCCCAGAUUAUUGAACCUUGUCAGACCUAUACCUAUAGCUUCAGCUCUACCUUCAGUGACAGAUCUUUUAGGCGCCCAAAGCUUAAAACAAUUGGAAUCACAAACGAAUGCGUUAGACGGGAUUUUUAUUCAGGACGAAGAUGAUGACUGUUCUAUUUACAAAAGACUAACUAGAAAAUGCCACUGUUUAAACAGACCCGAAUACAACGACUUCAUAAUACAUUUCAACGAAGAGACAAAAUUCUUCACAAACACCGUGGGAGAAAUCAUAAAAAACAUGAAAAUAUUGAAGAGAUUCCUUUACAUGCAUGGAAUGUACACCAAGCGCGCUCUGCAGUUUUUAAACGAAGGUUUGUCUCAAUCUACGUAUACUGAGAAAGUGGAAAUAAUACAAGGGUGUGCUUACGCAGACAUCUGUAACUUGUUUGAUGAAUAUUCAAUAGCUAUUGUUUUAAUAUCAUGGCCAUGCAAAUAUGAGAACUAUGGAGAUUCAAUAACGCAGGAGCUGUCGUCAAGUUUUUUACAUAAACUCGUUCAACUAGAGGAAGGGAGGCGCUAUUUAAAUUUAAGUACAAAAAUAACGGAUGAUCUGAAAAAAAUUAUAAGAAAACGUGCCGCGAAAUUAGAAUAUGAAACACUUGAAACACUUAACAUCGUAUUAAAUAUACUACAACCGCCUUUGUGCCAAAAUGUUAUUAAUGCGACAUACUACAACAAACCUAUACUUGAAGAUUACUUGGGCAGCAGAACUAUCAAAGUUUUAGGACAUAGAAAGAAUAUGACGUUAGAUGAAGUAUUUUCACAGUUAGAAAUCUUGAACAACUACAGCACCAGAGAUAAGGGAAAAUCAGAAUUGACGAACUAUCUCCCAGUUCUGAUGGCUCUGUUUAAAAAUAUGCUACUUGAAUAUAACAACAGUGCAAUGAAUAUAGUAAUCACUAACAUACUAAAUAAUAUUGUGGCAAAAAAGACUGCAAAAGACAAAGAAAAUGAUAUGGAUCUGCCGAAAACUGUUGUCAUUGCUGAUACAGCUACAGAGACAAUCGCAAUGAAAAAUGAAAGUAAUCAAAUACCGCCGGUAAAGAAGGCUCAAAUUAAAAAGAGCAACAAAAGCAAAUCUAAAGUCGGACUCGGUUUAUCUCCCAACAAAAUGAGGAUAACAUCAAACCGUAAAAUUUCAAAUUGGGAACCUUCAGUCGGUGUCAUAAAUGAAUCUAAAAAAUUUAAUCAUCAUUUAAGAAGCUCUAUAAUAGUUGUUCCAGUGGAAAAAUAUGAAUAGGCAACAAUGUAGUAAAUUAAAACAUAUAUUUAUAAAAGCAAUGCAACAUUAAGUCAUUGUUAAAUUAAACAUAUUAUAAAUAAAU